AUGACAACCAAUAAUCAACAUCAAUUAUCAUUAAAACUCGAUCAACUUUUUAAUGGAUAUCAAUAUUAUAAUGAAGAAAACAUUCCUAUUAAAGAAUAUCCUGGUGGUUUGCAAUCGAAAUUCGACGAAUUUAAUAGUUUCUAUCAACCAUCUAGUGAUUUAUUUCGUACAAUUACACCAACAUCUCGCGAUAGUGGUAUUCGAAUUCCAUCAUCAUCAUCAUCUACUUCAACUUGUUGUUCACCUGUAUUCGAAAGAACAAGUACAUUAAAAAAUACAUAUACUUCUGAAUUUUUUCUCCAUCCACCAUCUACAAAAAAUCCCUGUCAUAUUAGUUAUCCUUUAAACGAAUCAAUUACACCUAUGUCUUACAUGUACGAUCAAACUUCUCAUCAUUCCCCACAUAGACGUAAUGUACAUUGGAAUGAAGAAUCAUUUAUUUCAUCACGAGAAGAAAAUGAUUUAACUAAUAUUAAACAAUCUGGUCGACAUAUAUUACUCAAUACUAGUUUACCAUAUUAUUCCAAACUUAAUAUUCGUAUUCGUACUCAUCGUGAUGAAUUUAGUGAAAAUGAUCAGGUUAAAGCAAUAGCUAGAAUUGAACGAUUAGAACCUCAAGAAAAUCAAAUACAUAUGAAUUUAUCCCAGCAAGCUUAUGUUGAUCAUUAUUCAACAAUAACACCAAAGAAAAAUAUUGCUACAACAAGAAUUGACUCUCCAAUUCAAUAUAAUUCAUUACCAACACAUCGUCAAAGAUCAUUACCUAUACAUGAACCACUUCUUUUAUAUAUUCGUAAUGGUGAAAUUUAUGCUAGAUUUUUUGUCCUAUUAUUUCUUGAUUGCAUUCAUGCAAAACCAAUUGAUACAGAUUUUUAUCAAUUUGCUCUUCUAUCUGAUAUUCAUAUUGGUGAUACAGGUGCUAAUGCUUUAGGUCGAGCUCGUUCAGCAGUAGCUAAAAUUAAUCAACUUGUAGCAAAUAAAUCAAUAAAUUUACAAGCUGUUUUUAUUACGGGUGAUUUAACAGAUCAUGCUAUGCCAGAUCAAUAUAAUACAGUUCGUACUGUUUUAAAUAAUUUAACUAUACCAUAUUAUCCAAUAAUUGGUAAUCAUGAUCAAUGGCUAUAUAAUUCAACGUGGGAAGAUGUUGCACCUGUCGGUGAUCAAUUAUUUGCUAAAACAUUUGAACAUAUACUUAAUCAAUCAAAUAUUAUUAAUUAUCCAAAUGGAACAGUAUGGAAUCCAUUACAUUCAUGUCAAUCUUGGUUUCAAAAUUAUCGUAUACAAAUACAUAAUAAUAUAUUCAUUGCUCUUGAUUGGAAUAGUCGUCAUCAUGCUGCAGCUUCACUUGGUUAUAAAGGAUCAAUGCCUGGUGCUGAUCUAUAUGAUUUUAAUGGUGGAACAUUUCGAUGGUUAGAAGAACAAUUACAACAACUCGAUAAACAAUCAUCGACUAUUGUUCUUUUACAACAUCAACCAUAUCGUGCACCAUUUUAUAUUCCAGGUGAAAUUUAUGCAUUUGGCGAAGCUAAACGUUUACGUAUCGACCAUUUAUUACGUCAACAUUCAUCAUUAAAUUAUUUCGGUGUUUUUGCUGGACAUUUUCAUAUGUGGUCUGAUGGAACGGCUUUUGAUAAUAUGCCGAAAUUUCGACAAUUCGAAACAGAUGCUUGUAAAGUUGCACAAGCUAUUGCAUUAGUUACGGCAAAUAUUAAAACAGGAGAAAUUAUAAAAAUUGAAAAAUUAUAUGGAGAUGAACCAACUAAUGAAAUAAAGUGA